AUGUCGGCCCAGGAGCUUGUGGCCUGCCUCUGCAGGGAGGGCGACCAGCAUCUGGCCCUGGGACAGUCUCUGUUGGCCACUGCCUUCUACCUGGCAGCCUUCAGCUGCCAUGCCCCCUCAGCAGUGCGGAGUGUUCGUUCGGCCCUGGCAGAGACCCGGGGAACAGCCGUGGUCACCACACUGGAGGCCUGGUGCCGUGGGGAUGGCCAGAUCCCCACCAUCCACUGGGAUGGCAUGGCAGUGGUGUCUCUGACAGGAACCCUGGCUUCUGCCUUCCUGGCCGCUCUGUGCCCAGACCACCCGGCUUCCGUGCUGCACACACUGGCUGGUCUGCUGGCCCACGGACGUCAUGAGGAGGUGGCUCAGCGCUGCGAUGCCCUGCUGGCCACCCACUCUCAGCAAACCCUGGAGCUGCAGUUGACCCGAGCCCUGGCCUGGGUCCUGUCCCGAGUGCAGGUGGACAAUGGUGUGGCCGACUACCUGCAGGCUUUUGCUGAGAGCCCUGAGCAGACAGUAACUUUCAUCCGAGCCCACCAACAGCCCUACCUCCCCCUGCUGGUCUGCACCCUCCAGGACCACAUCUCAGGUCACCGGGAGACAGCAAGCAUUGCCAACCAGCAGGAGACCAACUGCCAUCGACUCAUGGCUGCCCUAGGUCCUGGGGGUGCCCGGAGCCAGCAGCCCCUCCCACCCACAGCACUGCUCCAAGAAGGCAGGUAUGAGGACUGCCUGGCAGCAUGCAACCAAGCCCUCGAACCAGAUGCAGAGGGCCUCCUGCUAGCUCUGCCUUGGGGAUAUCAGUGUCCUGCAGGGCUAGAAGAGUCGCAGGCAGGUGAGCACCUGGUCGCCCUGCUGGUCACCCGCGCGGCCGCGGUCUUCUUCCUAGAUGGUCGACCCCAGGACAUGCUGGGGGACUUGCAGGAGGCCUUCCGCAAGAGCCCGACAGCUGCGCGAAGACACUUCGAGACGCUGCUUUCAGCCGAAGACCGCGAGCGUUUCCGGGCUCAGAUGCAGGAGACCGCGGAGCUAGGCUUUGCCUGCUUCCGAGAAGCCGUGCGCAGCCGCCCGGAGCUUCGUGGCGACACAGACCGCGAGCUGCUGGCCCCAGUGACCAAGGCGCUGCGCGUUCUGCUGCGCGUGGCACCGCCCGGGGCGCGAUCGGUGCUGAGCGUCCGUUUGGCCGAGUGUCUGCUACUGGCUGGGAACGCAGCGGGCGCGUGGGCGCUGUGCGAACGCCUACUGCGGCCCAGGGGUCGUCAAGGUGACUGUCCCGGCCCCCGCGUAGGGCCCCGGGCGCCCCUGCUGGCACUGCGCGGCUUCUGCGCACUGCACACGGGGGACACGCGGCGCGCCCGGGAGGAUUUCCAGACGGUGGUGGAGCUGGGCGAUCCGCACCCUCGAGGCUGCGUGCGUGCGCUGUGUGGCCGUGGGCUGCUCCGCGUGCUGGAAGGCAGCUCCUUCCUGGGCGCACUCGACUAUGUCACAGCCUGCCAGUUACGGCCAGAGGAGGCUUUGCUCGCUGCAAAGGCCUACGUGCCCUGGAACCAGCGAGGGCUAUUGCUAACCGUACUACUAGAGGAGGGCCGUCGGAUGCUACAGAGGAAGUCUGAGGCUCGGCCUGCUGGUGCACCUGGCCGCCAGAGGAAGGCCACAGAGACAGACAAUCCCUGGGAACAGGCAGGGGAUGCCCAAGGUGUGUACCAGCUGGCCACACUGUUGAUGGAGCUGGACACAGAGAAUGAAGACUCACGCCUACUGGCAGCCGAUGCCCUGUACCGUCUGGGCCGCCUGAACGAUGCCCACAAGGCACUGCUGGUGGCCCUGUCCCGGAGGCCCCAGGCGGCCCCUGUCCUGGCACGGCUGGCCCUGCUGCAGCUACGGAGGGGCUUCUUCUAUGACGCCAACCAGCUGGUGAAGAAGGUGGUCCGGUCUGGGGACACAGCCUACCUCCAACCCACCCUGGAUGUCUUCCACAAUGAGGACCGACAGCUACUUCAGAGCCACUGCCACACGCAGGCCGUGGCCAUCCUGAGGGCGCGGCCAGGUGGAGACAGCGGAGUCCAGGCCAGGGAGGCCAUCAGCUACCUCUCUCUGGCCAUCUUUGCCUCAGGAGGUCAGGCCAGCGAGUCCCUCCUCGCCCGUGCCUGCUGCUACGGUUUCCUGGGCCAGAAGAAGACAGCCAUGUUCGACUUCAACAUCGUACUCCGGGUCGAGCCAGGGAACGUGCAGGCACUGUGUGGGCGGGCACUGGUGCACCUGGCCCUGGGCCAGCAGAAGGAGGCUGUGAAUGACAUCAUCUCUGCUCUGAAGCUGGACCCAGGCACUGUGGUCCCGGAAAUCCGCUCACUGAAGCCAGAAGCUCAGACCCUUAUCACCCAGGGCAUCUAUACCCACUGUCAGACUCUCCUGAGCCAGCAGCUGGACACUGAGGUGCCCCUCAGUGACAAGGAUGCCCAGGACCUCCUUGCCAUGGGGGAGACACUGGUCAGACUUGAUGCCCCACAGCCAGGCUGGCACAUCCUCCUCACAGAUGUGCUCAUGUCUCUAGGCAGCUAUGAGGAAGCUGGUAUCCGCCUGCAAAACUCUUUAAACUCCACUCCACCAUCGGAGGCGGCCCAGGCCCGGCUCGGCCUGCUCCAACUCAAGAAGGGAGAUGUGUCCACUGCAGCACAGAACCUGCAGGGCCUGGUGGAAAAGAACCCCAGUGAUCUCCGCUUCCUGCUCCAUCUUCUGGAGGCCUCUGAGCGGCAGAGCCUGGCCCAGGCCGCUGCCCAAGAAGCCAGCGCUCUCCUGGACGCGGGACUCCCGAGUCAGGCGCAAGCCUUCUGCUCACUGGCUGUCCUGGCGGAUGGAGACAGUGCCCAGCACCUGCGCACGAGGGCUGCCUGCCUGGCUGAGCUUCGGGAAUUUGGUCCAGCGCUUAGGGACCUAGACCGCGUACUCCAGAAGGGAAAUGAUGACCUCCCGACUCAAGCAGAGGACUUCUGUACCCGGGGCCGUCUGCUGCUGAGCCUGGGGGAUGAGGUCAGGGCCUCAGGGGCCUUCAUCCAGGCCCUCGAGCUGGAGCCUACACUUGCUCUGAGCAGCUUGAGUGAGAGGCCAGGCCGGGCCUCCAUCGCCCAAGUGCUCCAUCACUACGGGCAGCGCUGCUUAGAGGACCACCGCCAUGCAGAGGCCUGGGCAGCAGCCGAGAAUGGCUUGCUUGUGGACCCUGAGCAUAGUGGCCUGAAGAAGCUGAAGGCAAGGACUCGCAGGGAGGCAUCAUCGGGCUGCCGACUCCACUGA